UCACAGCCACCUUUGUACAAUACGGAAUUAAAUCUUUUUCAUCAUGUGAUUUCAAGAGUUUUCCGCUGCAGUUUCAGUUGUCAGAAUUUGUGUUCAAUACCAGGCUGCUAUACCCGUCGAUGAUUCUGCAGUUGGUGUAUGUUGAAACCUGACGAACCAUUUAAAUAUUUGUAGACCACGGUACAACUGUGUCAAGGGUUUCCGGAGAGUAGAAAUGUCUGAAGUAGGACGUGGAAUGGAAGUAGUCUAUCAGAGGGAGCAGGUGGACAUGGGGGGGAGUGCUAGGAACAUGGGAAAUGGAGGACACAACCAGCGCUCAGAUUUACAGAUGUUUGGUCAAGCCAAGAAGAAGAUUGAUGACAUCUUCAAAGAUAUUGGACAAUUUGUUCAAGAGACAGACACGUUAGUUGAUGAGAUCGGAACCACUUUUCAAGAGAUUCUGCCAGCAGAUGUUAGUGCAAAGGUCAAGGGCUUUAAGAAGAAAGUUCAAGACAUCCGAAAAGUCAUUCAGAGGAAAGGCAUGAAGGUUGUAGUUUUUGGAAGAACUUCAAGUGGAAAGAGCACCCUCAUCAACGCCAUGUUGCGAGACAAGAUUAUGCCGUCCGGGAAGGGCCAUACCACUAACUGCUUCAUCCAGGUGGAAGGGUGGGACACCAAAAAAGCCGAUCUUCUCACUGAGGAAUCCGACCAACCCAAGGACAUCGAGUCACUCAAACAGUUGGCCAACAAUCAGAGUGAUCAGAGACUCAAGUCUAACUCUCUUAUUCGGAUCCGGUGGCCAAAGACUACGUGUCCUCUGUUGAGGGAGGAUGUGGUGUUUGUUGAUAGAUCCACCAAGUCCAUCAAAAGCUGA